ACAUGCGCACUACGUAGGGUGUGAGAGAGCGGAUUCUGCGCACUACGUCAUCCACUAAAGAGUGUACUAAGCAGCGAUUUGAGACACAGCCCUACUGAGAUUCCAUGAGCGUUACUACUGCUGAUGGCGAUGUGAAGCCCAAAAUGACUGCGUUUGCCUGCUUUCCGAGUUGAAUAGCCACUUUUCGAGAUUAUUAACACCAGGAUAAGUUUUUAGAGAAACACAUAGCUGAAGAUGGAGUGGUUUGUGAACGGAGGAGCCAUGAAGUUAGCACCUGAGGAGAGCCGCUGCACGAAUGACAACCAAAACCGACUACACGAGGUCAGUGCGGAGAGCAUGGCGUCUCUGUGUGAGAGGCAGCAGCGGUGUGUGAAGGCGUCUAUCGGGUCGAGUUGGCAGUUGGUGGAGGCUCAGGCCCGGCUCUGUGGUCUGGAGCUGCACGGUUCUGAGUCGGUAGAACAGGCCCGGGCUCGAGCGCUCGCCUCCUCCGCGCACCUCUCCCAGACCGAGGAGGAGUGGAGGAGGAAGGAGAGCAUGCUGGAGUCCCGCUGGAGCCCCGUCCUCGGACCGGAGCCCGGACACAGCGGCUUCGACAAAAGCAUCAUAAACGAUCCCAAGCCCAGGGGGAUGGACACGGAUUACGACAAGAGCUUAACGUUCGUCCAGCGCCACGAGGAGGAGCUGAAGCAUUUCGGAAUGUUGAGGAGAUGGGACGACAGUCAGCGUUUCCUGGCGCAGUUGCCCCACCUGAUCUGUGAGGAAGCAGCAAACUACCUGAUCUUAUGGUGCUUUCGUCUCUACGCUGAAGAGAAGGAAGCUCUGAUGGAGCAGGUCGCUCACCAGGCCGUAGCCAUGCAGUUUAUCCUGGAGAUGGCCCGCAGUGUGCAGCAGGAUCCUCGCGCCUGCUUCCGCCAGUUCUUCCAGAAAGCCAAAGCGGGACAGGAGGGGUAUCUGGACGUCUUCCACACUGAACUCGAGGCCUUUAAACACCGAGUGAGAGAGUACGCCGUGAAGCCCAAAGUGGACACGCCCAAAGCGCCGGAGCAGCAGUGCACGCCGUCCAGCUGCCGACUCGACCCGAAAGAAGUGCUGGAGUCUCUGCCUCCUGAACUGAAGGCGUGUAUCCAGUCACAGGACAUGCACAUCCUCCAGAAUGUUCUCAGCACCAUGAACCCACAGGUGGCGGAGUAUCAUAUAAAGCGAUGUUUGGAGGCGGGGCUGUGUUCACAUCCUGGGCGGGGCUCUAAAGACGAGGACACAGAAACAGAGGAUCAGAGGAUGAUGGAGACGUUCUAACACACACACACACACACACACACACACACACACACACACACAUGCCGUCUCUCGCUGGUGUUCAGGACAAUGAUGUUGAAGUUUGUGUGAAAAUCGUGUGAAGGUCAGACGAGUGAACACGACCUUCAUCCUGGAGGAGAGGAAGAAGAGAAGAAGGAGGAGAAGAUGAGAGGAAGAGGAGGAAGAGGAGGAGGAACAGAACGGCUGCCAUCAGAGACUUUUUGUUUGUUUGUUUGUUUGUUUGUUUUUUGGAUCCACGUGUGAACGUGUGCUGCACUUUAUAUCUGAUUGAGAAGAUAGUAUAUAAAAAUAGAGCAAAGAUAGGACGAGGUAUUUUUGUGCACAUUUUGUUACGUUUCUGUCGUGAGUUCGAGGCGUGACAGAAACACUGAUUUAUGUUUUCACUAUUUUUUACAGGGGUUUUGUUUUGCUUUUUUCUGUCAGAGCUUCUUUAGGGACGUGAAAUCAUUCUGUAAAACGUCUUUAACGUGAAAUUUCUUUAACCUUCUCACAUGGUUUCCCUUCUUUCCCUUUAUUUACGUUUUUAACAUAAAAUGCAUAAAUUAACUGAUGACGCUUUUUCACCUCGUAGUGCAUUUUAUGUUUAAAAAAUAACUUUAAAAAAGGGAUCUUCAUCAUUUUUACUUUUUUAACUGUCCGUUUCAAACGUUUUCCAAAUCAUUUUGACUUUUUCUUACCGUCUCAAAUGAUUUCUUUUCUUAAAUUUUUUCAAACAUAAAACGCACGUCACAGGAAAGUAAUUAAUGGUGCUUAUUCACCAAGUAGCGCAUUUUAUGUAAAAAAAAAAAAAAUUAAAAAAGGGAAAUUAUUAUUUUUGACUCUUUUUUUUUUUUUUUAAACAUCACUCAAACAAUUUCCUUUUUUUCUCUUUUUUUUCAUUUCAUUUUUUUAGCAUAAAAUGUGAUAUUGAGGAAAUUAAUUAAUGGUGCUUAUUCACCAUGCAGUGCAUUUUAUGUUAAAAAAAAAAAAAAGACAAAUUUAAAAAAAAGACUUUUUUUAACCAUCAUUAACCAUUUCUUUCUCAUUCUUUAAAAACACACACACACACACACACACACACACACACACAUAAAGUGCACUACAGGGCAAAUAAACAUCAUUAAUAAUUUUUUUUUUUGCUCUGUAGUGCAAACGUUUAUGCUGCUGAAAUUUCCGAGCCACAUCCAGUCCGAUCCGGCGGAGAUCAGAUAUCAUUGAAAUAAAGCCGAGAGCUAAUCAUAGCCUGAACGUCAGGGUGGGACGUGGUACAGAUCUGAGCUCUCUCCUGUCUUGUGGUAUUAGCUUACAGUGUUCACACAGCGUUUAUUAAGCCAAAAACACACACACACACACACACACACACACACACUUGUGCUGAGUAAAGUCGCUCUAAACAGCCUUACAGCAUGAAGCAAGAACACUUCCUAGCUCGUGUGCACUUCACAGCGUGUAGAUUUGAGACCUAUGCAACGUGUCACGUGCGCUUUUAUCCGCUUUCUCCUCAGUGUUACACACCAGCCGGGUUAAAGAAGAAAAGGUUGAGUGUAAAGUCCAGAUCGAUGUCUCGCAGAUUUCAUAUUUCAUAUUUCCGUUUGCGUUAGAGGUUUGAACGAAUUUCACAAAAUGUUAACAAAUUUUAACCACCAGGAUAAAACUAAAAUAAAUCUAAACCACCAGGAUAAAACUUGUUUGUACUGAACGCUGCGCCAUCCUGCGUUCACGCUAGCGAGCAACAAAAUGGCCGACGACGUUCAUGUUCUACGCAGCUGUGCAACACUGAGCUGCGAUUUCAGCUACAUUUUGAAUUCGGUGUUUCUCAAUUUUAUGCAAAGAAAGAAUUAUGUCGCUCUAAAGAAGAGACAAAUCCAAACCGUCGACUCGUAACGAUUCCUCAUACGCACUUGCGGUCCAACGUUACGUAAGCUCACAACUUUAGUUCCUACGUGCGAUUAGUUCCUGUAAAAAAAACGCAAGAAAAUCUUACAACUUCAUUAUGUUUUCAUCUUAUCCUCAUAUACGACGUCUCAUUAACGAAGAAAAUUAGGAAGAAAAAUAAAGCUUGGAAAGAAGUAGCGUAAAUCACAUUUGAUUCGCUUUUCACGCUAGCUGGUGAGGAGUCGCUUGUACAAGGUGUCCGAAAAGUCCGGACCCAGUGCGAAUACGUCACGCAAAAUCUGCAAAAACUCGAUUCAGCGGCUGAGAAAAUGCGUAGCGCGUAAACGUGAACGCGUGGAGCGUUUUGUACGUUGUAACUUAUAAACACAAAAUUAAGAACAUGUAGUUUUACUCUUUACUAUUUGUUCCUGAUUUUUCACAUAUGCUGUAGUUUGUCACUUGUGGGCGUGGCCUGUUUAGGUUUUUUUUUCCGCCCAGUUCUGAUGAGAAACAUUAGUAGCUAUAUAUCAGUUCUAAAGCUAGCUAGCUAGUUAAACAAAAAUGAAAUAAUGCACUAAACAGUGAGAAAAGCGUUUCUUUGGAUUUGUUACUUCUUUACAGAAUCAUAGCAAAUUUCUAAAAAUUCAGACGUUUCUUGUCACUGAAAUCGCAGCUCCGUGUGACACGUAGUGCGUAGAAAUCGAACGAUCGCAUUCUCGCCGUCAGUGUGAACGUAGAGUUAAUCGUUGGCGAACUUCAUGUCAGUUUUAGCGACUGUUUUUUGUUUUGUUUUGUUUGGCUGUGCAGAAUCCCUGCGUCGAUGUACGGCUCUGUUUCACACCGUCAUCCAUCAGCGCUGCAGAUCCUGGAUCUCUGAGGAACAGCAUGAACAGUUUCAAACGCUUUUUAUGCAAACAGGAGAUCAUGCAGGAAAACGAGAGAUAAAAGAGGAGCGCAGACGUUCUCUCGGCGUCUGCAGCAGCGGGGCGUGUCCCAGACCGUGAUAUCUGAUUGUAACAUUCUGUCAAUAAUAAAGAGCUCAUUUGUAUUUAUGAGA